AUGGCAACCGGAAUCCUCCAUCACAUCGGCACAUUCCUCCUCUUCGCAUCCGCCAUUCUCCUCCUCAUACCUACUAUUUCCGCUCCCGUUAUUAAAGAUAUCGCAUUGUUGAAGGUUACAGGAAUUCAGUCGCAUACUUCGGUGAUUUCGUUUGGGACAUUUGGAUAUUGUGUUUUGGGUGUUGAUUCAAACCCAAACCAGUGCACCAAAAAACACAUCGGUUACAACCCCGCCUCCACAAUCUCCACAAUCUCGACCCCUUUCUCCACCGCGUCCGAAAAUACUUCAAAAGCCCUAACUCGCGUAAUGAUUCUCCAUCCCAUCGCCUGCGGCCUAAUGUUCAUAGCCUUUCUGCUCGCUCUCGGCGCUAGCAUUAUUGGUUCUUUCCUCGCGGCUCUAGUUUCGGGUAUUGCGUUUGUGGUUGCGCUGGUGGCUGUGGCGUGCGAUUUUGUUCUUUUUGGGAUUGUGAAACGGCAUGUGAAUUCGAAUGGGAGUGUGAGUGGGGAGGGUGGUCAUGCGUCUUUUAGUGCAGGGAUUUGGUGUUUGGUGGCCGGGAUGGUGGUCGGGUUUUUGGGGGCGGGCUUGGUUUUUGCAACGUGUUUGAGUAAGAGGAUUCAUGGGAGGAAGAGUGGAAGGACGGGGAUGGGAGGCGAGAAGGGGUAUGUGGGGGGUGUGAGGCCGGCUAAGAGACAUUUUUGGCAGAGAAGAAAUCGGUAUUAG